CAGCUUUAAAAGGCUGGGUCACUCCCUCCUGAGAAGAUUCACUUCAACAAACCCUCUCAACACACCUCCCGUCUCAGCUUCAACCAGCACAUGGAAAUGGAGGACCAAAUGGAAAGCCAGAAGAGAAGAGGAAUGAGUAAAGAAGAUUUAAUAUCUGAACGGACAGGGUCUUUGGGAUGCAUUGGUUGGUUCAUCGUCAUAGUCUCUGGCAUCUUCACAGUUUUCCUCUUCCCCAUCACCAUCUGGUUUUGUCUGAAGAUUGUUCAGGAGUAUGAGCGCGCCGUCAUGUUCAGACUGGGACGCAUUACAGACAGGAAGGCUAAAGGACCAGGGAUUUUCUUUAUCCUGCCGUGCACUGACUCCUUUGUGAAAGUGGAUCUGCGAACAGUUUCAUUUGACAUCCCACCACAAGAGAUCCUGACCAAGGACUCAGUUACAGUUUGUGUGGACGGAGUGGUGUACUUCCGGGUCAGUGACCCCAUCGCCUCUGUGGCCAACGUGUCUAAUGCUGACUUCUCCACCCGUCUGCUGGCACAGACCACCCUCAGAAAUGUCCUGGGGACUAAGAACCUGUCUGAGCUCUUGUCUGACCGUGAGGGCAUCGCUCACAGCAUGCAGAGCAGCCUCGAUGAAGCCACAGACAACUGGGGCAUCAAGGUGGAGCGUGUGGAGAUUAAAGAUGUGAAGCUGCCACAUCAGCUGCAGAGAGCCAUGGCGGCUGAAGCAGAGGCUGCACGGGAGGCCAGAGCCAAGGUGAUUGCAGCAGAGGGUGAGAUGAAUGCAUCUCGUGCCCUGAAGGAGGCGUCCCUCGUCAUCGCAGAGUCCCCGUCGGCCCUGCAGCUUCGCUACCUGCAGACUCUCAACACCAUUGCAGCGGAGAAGAACUCCACCAUUAUCUUCCCCCUGCCCAUGGAUAUCAUAUCUCACUUCAUACGGAAGUGAUAGCUCAGUUUGCUGAUCCUCUAAAGUCGCUGUUGAGUAGGGUCACAUUUCUGUGGCUCCUUCAGCAUGCAAGAUGAUGCUAUUGAUGUAUGGUUGACAUUUCUCUCCGACUGACAGUCGGAAACACCUUUAUGGUUUAUGUAUAUCCAAGCUGUGAUCAGGCCAGACCUGCUAACCAAUGUGAUGCAGAUGAAGUUCAGCGUAGUCCGUCUUUGACAAACUGUCUUAUGUAACUGCUGUCAUUUGUCAUUAAAAUUACAUAAUAAAGUGCCUCAUUCACAGAAUUAUAUGAUGUAAUGUUGAUCAGUUGCAUAUUUUGUUACAUUAAAUGUCAAAUUUUUCAAUCUAA